CAAUGGACGACUGCUUGCUUGCUAUCCGGAUAAUAAAGGGAGUCUUGUACAGUAGUCUAGCUAGUCUCGAUCAUUGUUCCACUUUCAUUGCAUAGCAUACAACGCGCAUGCCAUUAUUACAACGUACAUCGAGAACGCAUAGAUCAUCAUCACAAUGAAGGACUACAUUUCACCGGAUGAUGGCGAAGCCAUCCCAGCAUGGGUUGUCUUUUGCGCAGAGCUGGCUCCGUUUUCCUCGAUUCUCAUGUUCCUUUCGCCCAUUCCAACGAUUCGACAAGUACUUCGGAACGGCACUGUGGGUGACCUUCCCUUGCUUCCCUACACAUCCAUGGUGACGUCCUGCUUUGUAUGGAUUCUCUACGGGAUCCUCAAGAGAGAACCCCUGAUUUACGUGUGCAACAUUGUGGAAUUCAUUCUCAGUGUCUACUACUUUGUGGAAUUCACCAACUAUGCACCCAAACAAUCCCCCACGUUUCCAGGCAGUGUCUAUGCCCACAUCAAAUUCGCCAUUGGGACAUGGGCCGUCAGUCUCUGGAUUGCCAUUUUCUUUUCCAGCCGCGUCAGUACCAUUGGAGAUUUGACCGUAGUGCUCACCAUUCUCACAUUUGCCAGUCCACUGGUUGCCGUCAAGGCCGUACUCGAAUCUCAAUCUUCCGAAUCCAUUCCCUGGCCGUUUACGAUUGCAGCACUCUUUAAUUGCUGUUUGUGGACCAUUGUGGGAGUCUUUGAAAUGCACGACAUUUACGUUUACUUUCCGGCCGUCUUGGGUUUGGUCUUUGCCGGCCUUCAGGUCGCACUCAAAUUGUAUUUUGGAGACAACAACAACAAUGAUAUCGACAAUCCAUCGUACAUGCGGACUCCCACGGCACCCGUCGAAAUGCCCUAUCCAGUACUGGAAAGUGUCCGACAUGUCGUCAUGAUGGGAAGUAAUCUCAACAGUAGCAACCGAACGGAACUGCCCGAUCAUCGUCAUCAUCACGGCGUUAGUCAAACGGAUUACAUCCAAUUGGGAUUGCCAUUGACGGGAGAUACCGAGCAAUACAAUCUGUCACCGCCACACGGUGCCUUAUUGGAUACCGGUACCACAUCAUCAUCAUCAGUCGCAGAUGUCGUUCAUUUUGGCAGCGGGCAAAUAAUGCAUCACAAACCCAGUCGCAGCAAUGAUGGAUUGGAGAGUUUGGUCUUUGACGAAACAACCACCGCAACGUCACUGCCGUUUCCGACACCCUUGACCGAGUCAUUUCGAUCUCGAAGUGGAAGCAUACAAAAUGGGCAACCAACACAGCAUGGAGGAGGACUGUUAGCACAGCCGCAACAGCAACCACAACACGGGCACCCUUACUGAUCCGAGGAAGACUGUGGGGGCUUUUUGUGAAAGCAAAAAGUUGGCGAUCAAAUGUCUGAAAGCGCACGACAACGUAACACGUUAAAAGAGUCGGGUCUUCCAAAGGGUCGUGCAGCAUGAGGAUUGGAUCCGUAUUGAGGUUGGCCCAGUUUUGUACUUCGCAGGGGUUUCAGAUUCAGUUGUGCUGCCUGCAUGGUUUGCAACCGAAACUCAUUUACUUCUAAUAAUCUGACAACUCACUACUAUUAAUCUACAGUUUUUAAAAGUAUACAGUACAGUUCUGUCAUAAAACAAAGACUUUGAAAUGCUUAUAAUUGACGCGAAGGCUACGUGUUUCUUUGUUGGUGUCUCUCCGUUCUU